CGUGCGCUUGAGCUCAAAGACGAUGCUGCCGCAAGCUACUCCCUAGCUACAAUGGUCUCUAGGCUGCCCUUCGUCACAAAUGAAGUAGUGUCCUUGGACCAGCAUAGAGGGCGCCCUGCUACACUAGAAUUGGGGCGGGGCCCCUCAGCCCUGGCCCAGCAGCUCCCUAUGCUCCCUCUCUGGUCAAUUUGAGGGGAUAUUAAGCUCUCGGCAGUAAUCCCCUUAGCAGCGAAGCUCAUAAAUACCUAGCUAUUCCCUUCUUAUCGCCCCGAGUGAAAGGCUUUCAUUCCCUUGUGCUUUGCUUCCAUUGAAUGAGCAGAAUCAGUCUCUACUUGGCCUCAAUCCAUACUUGCAUCCCGUUAAAGAAUUCCUUAGAAGCACCACGAUGGAAGACCAUACUCCAAAUAAAUAUGAUGCCACUGGCCUUCGAGGCCCAAUGGGUUACAUGCCUAUUGAAAACUAUGGCCUCAUUGGAAAUCUACGUACCUGUGCCCUUGUUGCUGUUGACGGCAGCAUUGAUCAUAUGUGCUGGCCAGAAUUUGAUUCACCUUCAAUCUUCUGUCGCCUCAUUGAUAAGGAUAAGGGAGGACACUUUAUGAUCUCGCCGGAGCCAGGCCUUAACCCUACGACUAAACAGGAAUACCUCCCGAAUAGCAACGUUUUGCAAACUAGAUGGAUACACGAAGCAGGUUGCGUCAAUUUGACAGAUUACUUUCCGAGACCGAGAUCUGCCUCGAGGCCCACUCCCUUAACUGGGAAAUCUUUGUUCGAAUCCCUCAGCCUGAAAAGUGAGUUGAAAAGAUGGCUUGUCAGGAGAGUCGAGUGUAUCCGAGGCGAGCUGAAUGUCAAUGUCGAGCUCUUUCCUGCGUUCAAUUAUGCGCAAGAUGAACAUAUUACGGAAUUGGUCGACGGUGAAAAAGGUGAUCCUCAGAGGGGACCUACUGUCCUCUUGAAGAGUCGCCUUGGCCGCAUGCGCCUUGACUGUACAAUUGAUGGAGGAGAACACGACGAUUCCCUGAGACCGGUGGUCAAAUUCAAAUUGGAAAAGCGGGAAGGCUUCCUCGGCAAGGGUGUAGUGGCCAAAGUUCUGCUGCAUGAGGGACAAACCGUCUCCUUCGUGUUCCGCGAAGAUGAACCCGAGGUCGCGCUGGAAUCACUCAGUCAGAAGCAGCUUGAUCGAGUACAGCAGGAUACUCAGAGCUAUUGGCACCAUUGGAUUGCCAAGAGUAAAUAUAAAGGACGUUGCCGAGAAAUAGUCAAUCGGAGUCUGAUGGUGCUCAAGCUCCUGACUUAUGAGCCCACUGGGGCCAUUAUUGCUGCACCGACCUUUUCCCUGCCCGAAGACUUUGGUGGAACCAGAAAUUGGGAUUAUCGCUAUUGCUGGGUCCGGGAUUCAUCCUUUACUAUAUAUGCUCUCCUUCGUAUGGGCUUCACAGAAGAAGCAGAGGCUUAUAUGACCUUCUUGAGUGACCGCUUACGCUAUUCACGCGCCCCGGAUGGUGGUCUGCCCAUCAUGUUUUCUAUCCGUGGCGACACCCAGUUAGAGGAGAUCGAAUUGUGCCAUUUGGAUGGUUACAGAGGAAGCAAGCCUGUCCGCAUUGGCAACGGGGCUGCCUUCCACAAACAAUUAGACAUCUAUGGGGAGAUGAUGGACAGUAUCUACCUUUAUAACAAGUACGGUAAACCUGUUUCAUGGGACCAAUGGGUCGCCGUGCGGGAAAUUACGGACUACAUUGCAGGCAUCUGGCGUGAACCCGAUAAUUCAAUCUGGGAGGUUCGCGGUCAGCUUGAAAACUUUGUCUACUCUAAAAUAAUGCUUUGGGUGGCUUUUGACCGAGCUUUGCGACUGGCUGACAAGCGGUCAUUUCCAUGCCCUCACAGAUUCGAAUGGCUCGCCAUCCGGGAUGAGAUCUACGAGGAUAUCAUGAAGCAUGGCUUCAAUAAAGACAUGAAUUGUCUCAUCCAAAGCUACGAGAGCAAUGAGGUGCUCGACUCCGCUGUCUUGAUUGCACCGCUUGUCUUCUUCAUGGCUCCAAACGACCCCCGUUUCCUUGGAACUAUAGACCAGAUACUCAAACCUCCGGAGAAGGGUGGUCUAACUAGUGCAGGUUUAGUCUAUAGAUACAAUCAUCUAUUGAGCAAUGACGGCGUUGGCGGCGCUGAAGGCGCCUUUAGCAUGUGCACUUUUUGGCUCGUUGAAGCUUUGACUAGGGCGGGUGCUUAUGAUCGGCAAUACCUUGUCAAAGCGGAGUCGCUUUUCGAGAGUAUGCUUUCUUUCUCAAACCAUCUCAGCAUGUAUUCGGAGGAAAUUGCAAAGUCUGGAGAGCAGCUUGGAAACACUCCGCAGGCUUUUAGCCAUAUUGCGUUGAUCAGCGCUGCGUUCAAUCUUGACAGAACCACAGGAGGUUAGUCUCGCGUCCAAAAGCAUCAUCGAGGAUGUCAAGAUUGUUUCUUUACUAAGAGCGUCAUUUACUGGGGC